AUGGCCGAAGGAGUAGAGGUAGCAUUAAACAUUAUUGUUAAAUGGAAUGGCUGUGAUUAUAAAAUAAAUUUAAUGCCUUCCUCGAACAUUCUUGAUUUGAAAAAUAGUAUUUACAAAGAAACAAAUGUUCUCCCUGAACGACAAAAACUUAUGGGCUUAAAAUUCAAAGGUAAAAUUCCCGGUGAUGAGGUUUGUUUAAAAGACCUACAAUUGAAAGAUAAUUUGAAAAUAAUGAUGAUGGGUACCCAAGAGGAGGAGAUUGCAAAAGUUACGGAAGGUGUAGUUGAAUAUCCUGAAGUUGUGAAUGAUCUUGACAUUGAAGAAGAAGUUGUUGAAAUACAAAAUAAGGCAGAAUACUUGAGCAAAAUCGAAAAAAGAAUAAACACUUACCAGAUUAAUAUAUUGAACAAUCCAAGGCCAAAUAAAAAACUGCUUGUACUGGACAUAGACUACACUUUAUUCGACCACAGAUCAGUUGGCGAAACAGGAUCAGAUCUGAUGCGACCAUACCUUCAUGAGUUUUUAACUUCGUCUUAUGCUGAUUAUGAUAUUGUCAUUUGGUCUGCCACAAGUAUGAAAUGGAUAGAAGCAAAGAUGAAUGAACUGGGCGUUUCUAAAAACCCAAACUACAAAUUGUGCUUUAUGUUGGACAGUUUGGCCAUGAUAACAGUUCACGUGUCAUCGUAUGGAGUUAUUGAUGUUAAACCAUUGGGUGUUAUUUGGGGCAAGUUUCCUCAAUGGAACAAGCACAACACAAUCAUGUUCGAUGAUUUACGUAGAAACUUCAUAAUGAAUCCACAAAAUGGCUUGAAAAUUCGUCCAUUUAAAAACGCUCACACGAACAGAAGUACAGACAAAGAAUUGAAAAAGUUAUCAAAAUAUUUAAAAUACAUAGCUCCAUUGGAUGACUUUACAGCUUUAAACCACAGUGAGUGGGAAUCCUACUAUAAAUCCAAAAAACGGGGACAUCAUCCGACAAGUUAA